GAAUAAAAUUACACAAUAUUGUAACGAGUAAAUCGUUUCGUUUAUUCGUUGGUCGUAUAGGUAUAUGGUAUAAGUUUGUUAUAGCUUCAGUCAGCAGUGAACACCCUUACCAACGUAAUGGUUCGGUAAUUCGUUAGUCGGUACUACGUUAUCAAAAAUCAGUCAGCAAUUUAUGUUCUAUGACAUCGUCUUCGAAAAACUUUUAAACAUCAGCGCUAGUGGAGCUUGUGUGGCGGUAUUGUGAUCGUAUGAGGUAUGAUGAUGCGCGUGUGGAACAACAUUACUAUUGUUAAUUGUGUUUACUCUAGUUAUUAUUAUUAUUGCUCGAUAGAAGUGUUAUUACCCAAUACCCAUUAAGCGUCUGUGAUAACGAUGUACAACGGAAUCGGCUUGGCAACAGCCCGCGGUUCGGGUACCAACGGUUAUGUACAGCGGAAUUGGGCGGCCGUGAAAAAAGUCAAAGAUCAUACGUCAUUCAAGACCGAAGAGGAGUUGGCCAAAAUAGAUUCUGCCGCCAACCGUCAACCCAAUCAGGAGCUGUUGGAUCACGAUCGUAAGCGAAAGGUCGAGCUGAAAUGUAUUGAACUCGAACAGUCUUUGGAAGACCAAGGUUUUUCCCAAGAUGAAAUUAUCAAAAAAAUUAAUACUUUUAGAGUUACGUUAUUGGGCAAACAAAAGAAUACGACUGAAUAUGAUGAAUGUGGUAGACCUAUAUUAUUCUACAAAAAAAAUAACUACAAAUUCAGUGUUAGGGAUACUCAUCAAUUUGCCGAUGAGCAGUUAAAAAAGAAUGCAAGACUAAGAGAUGCUUUUGGUAUAUCAGAAUUUUUUAUUGAAGGCUCUAGCUUAGACCCAGAAAGAAAAAUAAAAGAAGCGGCUCUGGCCCAGUUAAAGGCAUUGCAGGUGGAUCAAGCACUUGAGCAAACACAAACGAAUGAAGACACCUCAACAAAUAAAGACAGCAGUAUAGCAAACGAAUUACAGUUUAAAAGUCCUAAGCACAAAAAACGAAAGAAGAAGAAGUCAAAAUCUCAUAAAAGUGAUAAAGAUAAGGGAAGUGAAAAGAAAAAAUCAAAAAAACAUAAAAAGAAACAUUACUCUUCAUCUGAAGAUAGUCCAAGAACUGAUGAAGUAAAAUCCAACAAGACUUUGUCUCAAGAAAAAUCUAAGUAUGAUGAUGAUAAAUCUAAUAAAAUAACCGAAACUAAAAAAAAAAAUGAGUCUGAAAAUAAUCAUAAAAAAUAUACAAAAGACAAUGAUACGAAAGAAAUAGAAUUCAAGUAUAAGAGUGAUCGAGAGGAUUACCGUAAAAAAGAUUCUAAACUAGAAAGUUCUAAAAACUUGAAAAAAGAUAAAAUAACUGAAGAACUCAAUAAGCCAAAGUCUAAAGACAUUGUUAAUGAUUCUAAGAAACAAGAAAAUUCUCCUAGACAUAAAACACCAAUAAAAGAACGUGAUCGUGAUAGAGAAAAAGAUUAUGAUAAAUAUUCUUAUAAACAACAUAGAAAUCGUGAUGACAUUAAAUCAAGUAAAGAAAAAUAUGAUAAGAAAUCUGAUAAAGCAGACUCAAAAUACAAUUCUAAGAAAAGGAAUUCGAGAACUCCUACUAAAGAAUUGAAGAAAAAAUCAUUUAAACCUGAUAAAUUGACUUGCAUUUCUGCUGAUAGUGAUAGUGACAAGUCAUGUUAUACACCACCUCCCAAGGGUUUAAAUGCUAAAUUGAGUCAAACAAAAAACAAUGAAGAAAAAAAUUUAAAGAGUACCAAGUAUACUUUUUCAUUGCGUGAAGAUAGUGAAGAUCGUUUAGUUGUAACCAAGCCUAAUGGAAGUAAUAGCGAUUUGAAAUCAGCAUUACAAAAUAGUGAAAACCAACAUAAGAAAUCUGAAACACGAAAAACAAAUGAUCGAAUAGAUCAAGUAUUUUUAGAUUCAAGUACAAGUGAAAACGGUGGAUUAGAAGAAGAUAUUGAUUUGAAUAUAAUUAAAGAAAUUACUACCGAGAAAAUUAAAAAAGUAUUUGAAUUACACGAAAAACAAGAACAAGCACUGCUUCUUCUGAAAAAAAAACUAAUGGAGAAAAAACGUAAAGUUAGGACUUCUUCCAGUUCAAGUGAGAGCUCGGAUGAAGAACCUGUUAAAAAAAAAAGUGUCAAACGGAAACAUGUUAAAGAAUCGUCUUCUAGUAACAGUGAUGUAAAUACUAGAAAAAAGUCCAAGCGUUCACGCUCUAGUAGCAGUAGUAGCAGUGCAAGUGACACAAGUGUUGAUCAUCAUAAGUCAUUAAAGCGAUCUAAAAAUAAAUAUUCUAAGAAAAAAUCAUUUGUUUCACGUCGCCGUACCAAAGAUAGUACAUCUCGAUCUCGAUCUCGAUCAGUGUCAGUUAGCUCAAAUGAACGGUUACGUAAGAAACGGAUUUCGUCAAGUGAAGAAUCAAGUCCUAGGCGUAAACACAAAUCAUCCAAACGCAAACGUUCAUCCCGAAGACAAAGGAGCAGUGAUAGUAGUUGUAGCACUAGAUCAUCACCAUCUUACUCAAACAAAAGGCGUUACAGUUCAAGUCGUUCACGUUCAACUAGUAUUUCAUCAAGCAGUCAUUACUCCCGAAGUUCUAGUUCAAGUCAGGACUCAAGCAGUUCUAGGUCUAGCCGUAGUUCAAAGUCUCGAUCUGCAUCUAUACCUAGGCGACGGGGGUCGCCUAGUUUUUUGGAUCGAAGACGAAUUACAAGUGCGAGAAAAAGACCCAUCCCAUACACAAGACUAACGCCGUUUUCCACCAAUUCUGAUACGGAUAGUGUCAUCAGCGUGCACGACUCACCAAUUGCUGAAAGCCACUAACUCAGAUAUUUUUCUUUGUAUACUAACACAAUUUGUUAUAGUGCAAUACUAUUAGGCCAACAUUUAAUGGUUAAGUUAUCUAACUCUAGUCAAAUAUUUGUGGAGUGUGAAAUAAUCACACUUCAUAAUUUGUUUUAUUUUAAUCUUCCUAGCAAACAUGUGAUCUUAUUACUGACAUUCCAUGUAGGGAUUGAAACUUACAAAAUCUAGUCAAGUCUAAGUCAUUCCUUUACGCCUUAUAAAUCUUUUAAAAUCUUUGUGAUAUAUUAUUUUUGGCGGGAAUAAUACAAUAUUUUUCAUGUUACCAAUAA